UCCUUCCUCUGUCAUUUGAAUGCAUCUCUUGCUGUCGUAGCUGCGCUGCGAAAGAGGGGACUCACAGAGAUAACCAGACCCCACGAGUACCUUUCCCAGGUUCAUUUUAAAGCCAAAGAUGGCCAGCACUGGACACAUUUCAACUGAUGAAAUGGAGGAGCUGAGAGAGGCCUUCAGCAAAGUCGAUGUGCACGCCCAUGGGUAUAUCAGUACAAACGAUCUGAAUGAGCUGUUUAAGGUGGCCAACCUCCCGUUACCAGGAUACAGGGUCCGCGAAAUUGUCGAUGAGCUCAGCAAAACCAUGGACACAAACCAGGAUGGCAAGAUCACAUUUGAUGAGUUUGCAGAGGUGUUCCACGGGCUGAAGAGCUCUGAGGUAGCAAAGACCUUCCGCAAGGCCAUCAAUAAGAAAGAGGGACUCUGUGCUGUGGCAGGAACAUCAGAGCAGUCGGGAACUCAACACUCCUACUCUGAGGAGGAGAAGGUGGCAUUUGUGAACUGGAUAAACAAGGCCUUGGAAAAGGAUCAAGACUGUAAGCACAUACUUCCCAUGGACCCCUCCUCUGACGACCUGUUCACAGCCAUGGGAGAUGGCAUCAUCCUCUGUAAAAUGAUCAACUUGUCUGUCCCUGACACCAUUGACGAAAGAACCAUCAAUAAGAAGAAACUCACACCUUUCACCAUCCAGGAGAAUCUAAACCUGGCUCUAAACUCGGCCUCAGCUAUUGGCUGCCACGUAGUGAAUAUUGGUGCAGAGGACCUGAAGGAAGGCAGGCAGCACCUGGUUCUUGGCUUGCUGUGGCAGGUCAUCAAAAUUGGCCUGCUGGCUGACAUUGAGAUUAGUAGAAAUGAAGCGCUUAUAGCCUUGCUGAGGGAUGGUGAGAGUCUGGAGGACUUGAUGAAGGUCUCUCCAGAGGAGCUGCUGCUGAGAUGGGCAAACUAUCACCUGGGGGAGGCCAGCUGCCCCAAGAUCAACAACUUCAGCUCUGACAUUAAGGACUCCAAGGCCUACUACAACCUCUUGAACCAGGUGGCACCCAAAGGUGAUGAGGAUGACAUCCCGCCCAUCGCUAUAGACAUGUCUGGACUGAGGGAGAAGGAUGAUCUGAAGCGUGCUGAAAGUAUGCUGGAGCAGGCUGACCGCCUUGGCUGCCGGCAGUUUGUCAUGCCGACUGACGUUGUCCGGGGCAACCCAAAGCUCAACCUGGCCUUCGUAGCCAACCUUUUUAACAAAUACCCUGCCCUGAAGAAACCAGAGAAUCAGGAUAUUGACUGGAGCUCUAUUGAGGGUGAGACCAGGGAGGAGCGUACGUUCCGUAACUGGAUGAACUCCCUGGGGGUCAGCCCACGUGUUAACCAUCUCUAUGUGGACCUAGACGAUGCCCUGAUCAUCUUCCAGCUUUAUGAGAAGAUUAAUGUGCCUGUAGAUUGGGACAAAGUGAACAAGCCCCCAUAUCCCAAACUGGGCAGCAACAUGAAGAAGCUGGAGAACUGUAACUAUGCAGUGGAGCUAGGCAAGAAGGAAGCUAAAUUCUCCCUGGUGGGCGUCGCUGGCCAGGACCUGAACGAGGGCAACCGCACGCUCACUCUGGCCCUACUCUGGCAGCUCAUGAGAAGGUAUACGCUGAACAUCUUGGAGGACCUUGGUGAUGGGCAGAAAGUUAAUGAUGACACAAUUGUUACCUGGGUGAAUCAAAUGCUUACACAAGCUGAGAAAAAAAACAUCUCAGGUUUUAAGGAUGGAUCCAUAAGCACUAGCUUACCAGUUUUGGACCUCAUUGAUGCCAUCCAGCCUGGCUCAAUCCGCUAUGAACUGGUCAAGAUAGAAGAUCUUACCGAUGAAGAAAAACUCAACAACGCCAAGUAUGCCAUCUCCAUGGCAAGGAAGAUUGGAGCCCGAGUCUAUGCCCUCCCUGAGGAUCUGGUGGAGGUCAAGCCCAAAAUGGUGAUGACCGUCUUUGCCUGCCUCAUGGCACGAGGCAUGAAGAGAGUGUAGCCGCGAGGAAGGACUUGUCCUUCGCUGAGAGGGCCAACCCAAAGAAACCGAACACCACCUUGCCAUUGCUCUCUCCCAUUUUACCCUUCUCUUUUCACUCAUUCAUUCAUUGGAGUUAGUUUAUCAGAAAACAAACCAUCAGGUCAGGAUUGGAAUGUACAGUGUUUUUGCCUUCUUUUGCCUUGUCAUAUUAUCCCUUCCCCAUCAGGGAUCUCUAAUAUUAGUGUUUGCACAUGCUAACAUGAACUUACUUACAAUAGUGUGGCAGUAGAGAGCUUGACAGGAUAAAAUCCUUAUUUUAUACUUUCCAGCCAGAAUUCAGUGUUAAAUCUUACUGUUCUUAUUGAAGUAAACCAUGUCACACGAUCACUAUACAAACAACUCAUGCAAUACUCAAACAGCAUAAAUUUUUGGUUUGUUUGGGGGUUUUUUUUCUGGGGGGGGGGGUGGAUAAAAAAAAACAAAUAAAAACCUUUAAUACUUUUCUACUAAAAACUAAUCUGUGAUUUUAAAUAUUACAUUGCUUUUGAGCCAGAUUCAAUACUGUGGUCAAUUUGUUCUGACAAAGAAAAAUUUUAUUUGCCUUAAACAAUCUCAGGUUUGUCAUUAUAUAUUAGUUAUGUUAUAAUCAUAUUUCAAAGUUGCCUGCUCGAUCCUGGAUUGUCAGCAGUCUAAACACUGUGACACCUUUAUUUUGCACAUUUCUUUAUGCAUAAAUAAUUAGAAUGUUUAGACAUAAGUAGUUUUUAAUUUUGAUUAGGCUAUACUUUAUUUUUUUUUAUUAUAUUUAGCUUUUUCUCCCCAAAUCUUUUAAUCUUUUUGCUAUUACAAUACUAAACAUGCACUCUUCCAACUGUUGAUAUUGAAAUGAAUCUUGUUUGGCAUGGUCUGUUAUUGACUAUAGUACCAGUAACUACUUCAUAAAUAAUGAUAUUUCA